AUGGAAAUCAGGAAGGAGACCGCGGUUGACGUGACGCCGCGAUCCUACGGCACUGUGCUGGUGGUUGGAGGCUGCGGUUUCUUGGGCUCUCGACUCGUGGAUCAAUUGCUCAACUUUCCCUCUGAAGACGCAGACAUAGAGAGCAAUGGAGCCUCGCCGCCGCAGCGUUCGGGAACAAAAGGCGCCACAACCCCUAAUCCCGAGAAAUACGACCUCAACACCCUCCUACCCUCUUCCUUCCCGUCCCUACGCAGCCGAUACCCUCCUAUAGACAAGACCUCGACGUCCGUCCACGUGCUGGACUUGAGAUGCACUCAACACAUUUUCCCCGGUGCAACGUACCACUCGGCCGACAUCACCGACCCGAGUUCUCUGCUCGAAGUUUUCCGAAAAGUCAAACCCAACGUGGUCAUCAACACGGCGUCUCCGUCGUGGGAAGCCCCUCCGGCGGUGCUCCGAAAGGUGAACAUUGACGGUACACGGACGCUGUUGGAGGUCGCUGGCGGGAAGAAACACGGCGACUGGGGCGGUUGUGUCCGAGCCUUUGUCCAUGUUUCGAGUGCGAGUGUGAUUCACGACGGCGAGUCCGACUUGAUCAAUGCGGACGAAAGAUACCCCUACGUGUGUCCGAAUCCCAGGGAAUACUACUCCGAGACGAAAGUUCAUGCAGAGAAGAUUGUGCUCGAGGCCAACGCAAAUUCGGAGUACAGUGACGGAGGCAAGAUGUUGACCUGCGCAGUGCGUCCUGCUGGCAUCGUCGGUGAAGGUGACCGCGGAGGAUUUUCUGGGGCCAUUCUCAGGACGGCAUCAGUUGCACCAGACUGGCAAUUACAUAUCCAAUUGGGGGACAAUGCCAAUUUGUUCGACACCACCUACGUACACAACGUGUGUUUCGGAUUGCUUUGUGCGGCGCAGGUUCUCCAGGCAGGCGGGUUGAGGAAGGGGGCACCAGAGCAAGACAAAGUCGACGGUGAAGCGUUCAACGUCACGAACAACCAGCCGGCCUUUUUCUGGGACUCGUCGCGCUACCUCUUUUCGCGCUAUGGGCGGAAUAUCAACGCGGACCGAGUCGUCAGUCUCCCCACGUCACUGGCCACGUUUGUCGGUGGCGCGGCGGAGCUGUUCAACCACCUGACAGGCCGAAAGGGCAAGUUGAACCGGCAGACGGUCAAAUACGCCACCAUCUCGCGGUAUUACUCGUGCGAGAAACUGAUGAAGCGGACGGGUUAUGCGCCAGUGGUCGGACUUGACGAGGGGUUUGCAAGGAGUGUGCGGUGGUUCAAACGGGACGAAGAGGAGCAGUUGAAGGCGAACGGCGAGUGGAAGAAAGAGCAAUAG